AUGGAUAUCUUCAGACUUGCUGGUGACUCUUGUCAUGGCUUUGCGAUAUUUUUUCUCAUAAGUUUUAUGAUCGGAUGCAAAUCAUGUUGUGGUAUUUCUGGAAAAAGCCAACUUUUGUUUUUCCUGGUUUAUACCACUAGAUACUUGGACUUGCUUUUCAACUUUGUGUCCGUUUACAAUACUAUAAUUAAGAUACAUUACAUAUCACUCACUGCAGCCACUGCAGUGACUAUAUUUUGCAUCUUCAUUUUCUAUAGAAAGACAUACCAAUGGAAAGACGAUACAUUUUUAACAGAAAUUCUGAUCGUACCAUCAAUGAUACUUGCUGUUACCAUAAACCACGAGAACACCCCAACAAAGAUUUUGUGGACAUUCAGUAUUUACUUGGAAGCAUUGGCCAUCAUUCCACAAUUCUACAUGAUCCUCAAAACCAAGAUGCUGACAAAACAUGUACUGAUCUAUCUGGUAGCCCUUGGUCUGUAUAGGACCUUUUACAUACCCAACUGGAUUUACAGAUACUUGUCCGAAGGGCAUUAUGAUGAAAUCGCCGAUUCAGCAGGAAUAGCAUAUGUGUUGAUUUACUUGUUUGGAGCGGUCGCCAUGUUUUGUAUUGGAGUCAAAAUGAUGGACUUCUCGAAAAACAUGUUGCAGAAGAAUAUUUUCUUCAUCAGUAGUACUACGAUGCCUGCUGAUCGAUUGAAUGGUGAUUAUGAUCAACUGGUUGAAGAAAAAACUAGUGUGAAGGCAGAUAUCGAGAAAUAA